AUGCCCGAGUCCCGCUCCAAACACCCUUUGGUCUGGAUCGACUGCGAAAUGACCGGCCUCGACACCACAAAAGACACCAUAAUGUCCCUGUGCUGUUUCGUCACCGACGCACAGCUAAAUCUCCUCGAUCCCAACGGCUACGAAGCAAUCAUCCACCACUCCCAGGAUCAACUAGAUGCGAUGGGCGAAUGGUGCACAAACCAACACGCAAAAACCGGGUUAACAGCCGCUUGCCUAGCCUCCACAACAACAGCAGAACAAGCAGCAGAAGAGCUGUUAAACUAUGUGCAACAAUACUGUCCAGAUCGCAAAAAGGCAUUGUUGGCUGGCAAUACUGUACAUGCCGAUAGAGCAUUCUUGGUGCUGCAACCAUACACACCAGUGAUUAAAUGGCUACACCACCGUAUCCUCGACGUCUCGGCGAUAAAAGAGGCAGCAAAAAGAUGGGCGCCAUUGCCUGUGCUCAAACACUCGCCCCAAAAGGCUGGGAAACACGAGGCUAGAGCAGAUAUCCUGGAGAGUAUCGAGGAAGCGAGGUAUUACCAGAGAGUGUUUUUCCAGAAUGGUGCUGAGCCAGAGGAGAAGACGGGCAAGGAAAUGGAAGAGGUGGAUGGUGAUGCUCAAGGCGCGAUAAUUGGCGAUAAGGAGGUCAAGCCCAAGGAGAUCACAAGAGAGGUCGGCGCGCAAGAGGCUCAGACAACGGUGCAGAGUCUCGAAGCGGAAGGUUUCGGUGCUACCUCUGGCAAGCAAGAUCCUGACAGAAAUGGUGGCAAUCGCGACCUGGCUUCUUAG